AUAUCCCGUAUCACACAUAACCUUUAUACAGACACUGAAACCGAACCGUCUUAACUAAAGAUUCGUGCUCGAUAAUUCAGUUACAAUGAACACGCUGGAACAACUUUGCAACCAAUUUGCCAAAUUCAUUAAAUUUGAUACCUGGGGUUGUUAUCCGGAAGGAUAUGAUCGUGCAAAACACGGUCCAUACGAUCCUUCUCGAUAUUACGGAAAACCUGAUACACCAUUUAGCGAAGUAAAACUUCGUGAUCUACCAGCAUGGUUUAGCAGACGCGAAAAAGGAUUAAAGCCAUUCGCAUCGCUAAUUUCACGAGCUCAUUGGCGAUGGCAAUUGAAAUAUAUGCAUCCUAAAAAAUCAACGGCAGCUCCACUAUGGCAGUUUGCUGUUGCUAUUAUGACAGUUGGCUAUAUCGCAAAUUACAUGCGCCUCAGGGGUCACAGACAUUAUAAAUAUCAUUAGUAUAUUAUUAAAAACAUCUUCAAUUGAAAUAGAGUAAUACUAUAUAACAUAUUAGUUAACAAAAAUAAUGUCGAAGCUUUGCAAUGUCUGUAAUGUAAAAUAAAUACUGUUUAAACAUUUAACUAUAUGUGUAAUAUAUACAAUAUAAUAUUCUAUUUUAGAACAAACCUUAUAAAUCAUAUUUACAUAUUUAACCUUAUAAAUCAUAAUUUGUUUAUGACACUACCUUUGU